AUGGGUCGUCCUCCGAUGCACGGCUCUUCAAGCCAACUUCGAGCUUGUCUCAAUUGCCAGAAGCGCAAAAGCCGAUGCCAACCUAGCGUCAAUGGCCCUGGGCCUUGCUCCUACUGCGCCCGCGCGGGCAAGGACUGCAGCUUCGUGAACCCACCUGAUCGGACACGGCUUACGCGGAAGAAUCUCGAUGCGAUUGAGCAACGCUGUAACAGGCUUGAGGCUCUAAUUCGGUCGCUACAUCCUGAUCUGGACAUUGAUGCUGCUCUCACCAACCUAGAGUCUGGUCAAGAGGUCAUCAGACGAACUGAUCCAGAGUCGGACAAUGACUUUCCCGAGCAUGAGGAACCAGCACAUGAAUAUGAGUGGAGUGAGCCAUCAUUACCACCAGAUUUCGACAGUCAGAAUGAUGAAGCCGCGGCUAUGGAUGGUAUGGCUACGCUGAACAGCCUUGAUGCUGGAUAUCUAGGCAGUAGUUCGGGUGCAAAUCUUCUUCAAGAAAUCGCAUCGAUGCUUCCAGAGCUCGCGGCGUCAAAUUCCCCUGCCACAAGUCAUGGAAAGUCUCCCAGCCAAACACAUAAGUCAAAACCGUCCCUGGAUCCACCGAAUCUCGCAAACGAAUCAUUAACGAAUUAUUUCAUCGAUGCUUACUUCUUGUUCUAUAAUGUCUCAUAUCCAAUUCUUCACGAACGAUCAUUCCGCCAGAAACUUGCCGCUCGAGGCAUGCGACGUGCCAAGUCAUCGUGGAACAUCAUCUACUACCUUGUGUUAGCCAUCGGGCACUGGAUAUCAACGUCAGAUAAGCACCAUGCAGGGUCGCGAUUCUAUACUGCUGCGAGGAACUCGCUGUCAAUCCAUAUGCUAGAAUCUGGGACCCUCGAAACCUUGCAAGCACUUCUUCUUAUGAGCAAUUAUUUGCAAAAGAUGGACAAGCCAAACACAGGCUAUCAGUUCACAGGUAUCGCGUACAAGAUGGCACUUGGACUUGGAAUGCAUCGUGAAUCGCCGAAAUUACAAGACAACGUUGGGCUUGAAAGGCGGAGGCAGUUGUUCUGGGUGCUUUACUGCUUCGAUAGCGGAUUCAAUAUCACAACCGGGAGACCACCAUAUGCGCAGGAAGGUAUCAUUGAUACCGCACUACCAAGAAAUAUUGACGACAAGGACCUCGAACCCACCAUGCCAGUCCCCCCUGAGGUGGACGCACCAACGACGCUAUCUGCCAUCAUCGCACAAGCAGAGCUUGCAAAACACGCAAACUCGCUAUAUCUGGAGUAUCUGACUGCGAAGACAUCCAACACAAAGGUCGAGUACCAAGUCGCCGAGACUUUGGAACGCACACUCACCGAUUGGCGGCAAAGACUGCCACAAUACUUCACUUCUUCAGACGUCCCAGUAUGGUUUGCUGGUCCACGGGCUGUUGUUUUGUGGAAAGAACAGAAUUUGCGCAUUCUUCUUUGGCGAGGAAGUAAACGAAACCAUCCAUAUCUGCCGAACAAGACCGAUGCGGAGACACGCUGUCUUGAUGCUGCCAUGCAUAGCAUAAAAGAUAUAACAGCUUUCUGCAGUACAAGUGAAGGUAUCUUGCAUCUGGGCAUUGUUUGGUAUGCCACAUAUUUCUUGUUUCAAGCCGCCCUUGUUCUUGAAGCGAGCUAUCUGGACCGUGAAGCCCAGGACAAGCUAGAUAACGAGACGGCCGAUUGGCGAUUGAUGGUCCACAAGGCACAAAGUUGUCUGGUGACUUUCUCAGCGAGAAGCAGAUCAGCUAAUCGGUGCUUGGAGGUUUUGGAACUCAUAAACAGAAGGGCAGAAACAGCAGCGAACACUCGGCGAACUGUCCUCACAGUGCCUGAACUUGUUGAAGAAGUGCCAGCUACGCCUCAGCCUUCAGUAGGUGACACUGAGGCAUCGCUUCCACCGGCCGAUCUACCGACUUUCGGUGACGGGGAUCUCUCCAUGGGGACGUGGACACUGAACGACGAUGGAUCAGAUCCUACGAUGAGGAUGAUCCUGGAUAAUACCCCAUGGGGAUAUCUCGAUAAUGCACCCAUGGAUAACCUGUUCAACGACUGGUUUCCUCAAGAUAGUUUUGAGUAA